CAGUGCCUCGCGCGCAGAGUGAAUGAAGUACUAGAGAGAAACGUGAGCACGUUAGAAGAGAAUUUUUCGACCUUUUAAAGCAUUUUAUUUGGACCUUUGUUCUCGUCUCAGGUGUAAAAUUUAUCGUGAGCGCUUCUUGGGCUGACGUCGAGAAGGACUAACUAAAGCGAAAAAAUAUGAAGUACAUUAUAGGAAUUGGCGGAGUUACAAAUGGUGGCAAAACCACCCUGACAAAUAAGUUGAUCAAGACUUUGCCCAACUGCUGUGUUGUGCACCAAGAUGACUUUUUCAAGAAACCUGAUCAGAUAGAAGUCGGGGAGGACGGCUUUAAACAAUGGGAUGUGAUCACAGCUUUGGAUAUGGAGGCCAUGACCAACACAGUAAAAGGAUGGAUCGAAAACCCAGUGAAGUUUGCCCGCUCACAUGGUGUCACUCUGUCCACCCCAUCUGAGGAGUCCAACCCAGACGAGCAGAUCCACAUUCUUAUCGUGGAGGGCUUCCUGCUCUACAACUACCAGCCUCUCCUUGAUGUGUUCAACAAGAGCUAUUACAUCACCAUUCCCUACGACGAGUGCAAGAGAAGGAGAAGUACAAGACAGUACACGGUCCCUGACCCCCCUGGCCUGUUUGAUGGCCACGUGUGGCCCAUGUACCUGAAGCACAGGAGAGCCAUGGAGGAAUGUAGUAUGAAUAUUGAGUACCUGGAUGGUUUGAGACCCAAAGAAGACCUCUACAAUCAAGUGUAUGAAGACAUUCAGAACAACCUGCUCAAUCGUUUAUAGCAGGAGGAGGAAUCUUCUUCAUCCCUGUACAGAUUUUGUAAAUAGAACCAAGGAUUCUUUUUUAUGAAGGUGUUUUUGUUUUUUUUUUUGUAAUUUUAUUUCUUUGUUUGUAAAUGGAGCAACGGAACUUUAAUUUAUAAUUGUCUUUUUGAUCAUCUUCAGAUGAUCAUAACUUUUGCUUUUCCUUUUUAAAAACUGAUUGUUGAAAAAAUGAAUAGUUUGUUACUGUUAUUAAACUGCUGCCUUGUACUGGACCACUUGUUGUAUUCUCCUAUGAAUAAAUGCAUUAGUUACCAAUAAUGCACAGUGAA